AUGGCUCGAUUGAUUGUCAUCCAUCAUAUUCAUGGAAUGGCUCAAACGGCUCAAAUGGGCACACCAGGCGCACAAUGCUCGCAGAAGUUAACAAGCGCUGCUAUUUGUCUCCAGAUUUUGAUCCACUCUUCCGUCUCGAUCCCUGAUUCCCUGAUGCAAGACAAGGUCAAGAGGAAAAAAUAUAACUGCUCGGGUCCAGCCGUAUGGUCGUCUUGUUGGUUCAGUCCUAUAUAG